CUCUCCGGCGGCCCGUCGAGCCGUGCGCCAAUGAGCGGGCGGUGCAGGCGCGGUGCGGCGGUGCCGGCGGCGGGGCGAUGAGAGCGGCGGUGCGGGCGGCGUGGCGGAUCGGAACCGGCGCCGCUCUGCGAGGCCGGGCCGGGCGCCCGCUCAGCCAGGCGGCCGGGGACGGCGGCGGGGCUGAGGGCGGCGGCGGCUCGGGGUCGCGGGAGGCGGUGGAGCGGCUGGUGAAGGAGCACCCGGUGGUGGUGUUCAUGAAGGGCAGCCCGGCGCAGCCGCUCUGCGGCUUCAGCAACGCCGUGGUGCAGAUCCUGCGGCUGCACGGCGUGGAGGAUUACCGCGCCCACGACGUGCUGCAGGACCCCGACCUCCGCCAAGGAAUAAAAAACUACUCCAACUGGCCUACCAUCCCGCAAGUGUACCUCAAUGGUGAAUUUGUUGGUGGCUGUGAUAUACUCCUCCAGAUGCACCAGAAUGGAGAUCUUGUAGAAGAGCUGAAGAAACUGGGAAUCCGUUCAGCACUGCUGGAUGCAGAAAAAGACCAAGAGAAAAAGUAACAAGAGAAAAAAUUGCUGUGACAGGAAUAAAGCAAAUCUUUGAUAAGAACUUAUUGCCCAUAAAGCCUUACAUACUUUAGGUCAAGGAAAGCAUCUGUUUGAGCUGACACUAAGUGAAUGUCUCUUAGCUCAUGGUAAAUGUAGUGAUCUUGGUGUUUUGAUUUAUGGGUAUUGUGAAAAUUUGAGUAUAACCACUGCACUGUAAAGCAAAUGUUUGUGAAAAUUUGUGUUUUAAAAAAGUUCACUUCUAAAAGCGCUCUUCUUCAUUGAGGUGGGAGUAAACCAAAAGAACUAAUAAUAUUUUUAUGGGUUUUACAUGUGUGAUUCUCUGUUCUUUGAUACAUGAACAUGUACAAACAGCAUUUGCAUUCCCUUGCUUCUCUUGAAAAAGCAUUAAGUAAUAGUGCAUCUGUUUUUCUGUUUAACUUCUGGUGAUAAGAGAGCCUGUAAAACCUGUGUAAUCACAUACAUAUAGGAGAAAAACAGUUUGCCAACAAUAUAGGAGGAAAAAGAUUAUAUGAGAGUGCAUGACAUACACUUUUAUUCCGAAGGGUAAAAAUAAACAGAACUUGUACAAAUACAUGUAUAGUGGUCAUUAUUACUUUGUAACUUUCUGAUGGCUUUUAAAACUGCUAAGAAUUGUGCCUGAAUAUUUUAUAAAACCUUUUCUACCUCUUGCAAAACAGCUUUUCCCCAUGCUUAUAUAUUCUGUGUAUGGGAGCUCUGUGUCAGUGCUAAAAUGUGGGAAUUAUUUAAGGCUUCAGUAUUCUAGCUUGAAAUAGUACAGGAGAAAACUUCAGUUAUUACUGUAAUCUUGUAUUAUUUGCUUGUUAUGUUUUUACAUUUGUUGUGUUUCCAAGUGUUUUCUCCUGACUGAUGUGCUCAGGAGAAUAAGCCUUCAAACACAGGAUUUACAGAUGAAAUGUUCAUGUGGGUAAGAUGAGUGCAGCAGAAAGGUUACUGAAUGGAUAAAUAUUUCUUUUUGGAAAGUCUCUGAAGUUUUCAGUACCUACCUAACCACAUUUCUCUAAAUGAAAAGAAAUUAUAUUAACCAGUGUAGCUUCAGUUCUAUAGCAAUACUGCUAAGAUUAAAAGCUAACCAAGCUAUUUUUAAAUGCAGUGUAAUUAAUAUAAACCAGUCUGCAUGUGAAUUAGGCAAAUGGUUGGAAAUAAACUGUGUUUUAUGUUGAUUAUC